GGGGGGGCGGCGGCGGCGAUGGCGGCGGCGGAGCGGCGGGUGCCCGGCCUGGACGAGUUCGCGGGGCAGAGCUGGAGCGCGUGGGUGCAGCGCGCGGCGCCGCCCGCGGAGCACGGAUCCGGGCUGGAGCUGGAGGAGAGCGGGAAAAGCAGCAGCAAGAAGCUGGACACCAUGACCCUGAUCAAGGAAGACAUGAACAUCUUCGGCCACUGCCCGGCGCACGACGAGUUCUACCUGGUGGUUUGCAACCACUGCAGCCAGGUGGUGAAGCCCCAGGCCUUCCAGAAGCACUGCGAACGCCGCCACGGGCCGCUCUCCAAGCUCUACGCCCGUGCCACCAAGUGCCACGUCACCGUUAACGGGACCCCCGGCACGGGCAAGGCGCUGCGGGAGAAGCACCCCGGAGCCCGCGGGAGACCCCAGCCCCUUCCCGAGCGGGCGGACAAGGACAACAACCUGUGCCUCUUUGUGCCCGUGGUCAACCUGGAGAAGAUCCCCAGCAUCCCCAAAGCGGACGGGCACGGGAUCAAGGUGCCCCCCAAAGCCAUUCCCACCGGCUCCAAGGAAUCCCUGGGGAAACCCGGCAGCGCCGUGGUGCCAAAGGAGCCCCUGGUGCCGGCCGGGCUCGGGGGUGACUCAGCGGUGCCCAAUGAUGGCCCCGGGGGCAAACCGGAGAGUGCGCCUGCCCCAGGGGAGAAGCCACCAAGUCACCCCCCCGGUGCCACCAAGACACCCCCCAGGUCCCAUAAGAAGCUGGCACGCAAGGAGUGCGACCUGAACCGGCAGUGCGGGGUGCUCAACCCCGACACCAACAAGCUCUGCACCCGCCUGCUGACCUGCAAGAUCCACUCUGUGCACCAGCGCCGCGAGGUGCAGGGCCGGGACAAGGACUUUGAUGUGCUGGUGGCUGAGCUAAAGGCCAGCUCCCGACGAGGUGACCCCCCCAAGGACAGAAGUCCCCCCGGGAAGGAACCACCUCCUCCGGCACCGCAGGACACCCCCUCACUGCCACAGCCCGUCACCGGACCCCCCAGCACCGUUCCCUGCCGAGCCAAGCUGCCCCAUUGCCCGCUGCUCUGGACCCAGCUUUCCUCCGACAGCGACCCUGAGGAUGCGCCCCCCCCCGGGGAUGGGGGUAUCGGGGUGUUCCCCCUCCCUGUGCCCAAGGGGGGGCCCCGGGUGUCCAGUGAGGACAGUGAAGAAGAAGGGGGUGAGGAGCCCCCCCGGCCCCCCCCGCGCCCACCGCGGCCACAGGCGUUCUGCACCUUCGGGAGCCGCCUGGUCAGCCCCGGCUGUUACGUGUUCAACCGGCGGCUGGACCGGUUCUGCGCGGCGCUGGGCUCCAUGCUGGAGCGGCACCUCAGCUCCCACAUGUGGAGGAAGAUCCCCCCCGCCGCCGACCCCCCUCUGCAGCCCCCCCGGGCCCCCCCCAGCCCUUCUCCGUCCCCCUGCAGCCCCCCCCACCUCCUCCCCACCCCCGUCACUCCCCCCCCGCCUCGCCCCCCCCCCGGCAGCCGCGUCCCGCCGAUGCUGCUGUCGCCGGGGGGGUCCCCGCACGCCGCGGCCGCCUGCAGCCAGCCCGAGGAGGGGGGCUGCAGCCGCGCCAUCACGUCCCCGCUGCCCGCAAACACCCCCUCGCCCUCCUUCAGCAAGCUGCCGUCCAGCAGAGCCGGGAAAGCUUCCCGAGCCCGGGAAUGCCGCGACGCGGAGCCCCGCAAGUGGAAACCCCCCCUCGGCGCCGGGGGCCCCCCCUACAAACGGGCCUGCGCGGGGGACGGGGUCAAAAGCAAAGCCCAAACCUCAGCCCCCCCCGGUAAGACGAAAGGCGCCGCCUCCGUCACCGUCCUCAAUGGUACAACGCGGGGCAAGCGGCUGGACCCGCCCCCCCCCCGGAGCCCCCCGGUGCACGGAGCGGGGGCGCCCCCCCCGCCGCCCCCCCGCUGCAUCGCCGAGGAGGAGGUGAAGAAGAGGAAGAACGCAGCCACGUACUGCAGGGGGGUCAAAGCCAGGCCCGCCCCCCCCCCGCCCGGGCCCCCCCCCGCCCCCACCCGCCCCCGCCCCCCGCGCCGGGGGGGUUCCGUCCGCAGGAAGAAGAUGGGGACCCCCCCGGGCUUCGAGGAGAAGCGGAGCAGCCUGAAGUCCAAAGCCCAUUAACAGGAGGCCACCGGGGCCACCCCACGUCCUGCACCGGGAGCCGGGAUGUUCCGGGAAGCCAAUGGAUUGGGGGGGAGGAAAAGACCCCACCCCCCCCCCCCAGGGAAACACCGACCUCAGCCAAAUACCUCAAGACUCAGUUCUGUUCUCUUGCUGCUAAACCGGCCCCCGGGCGCGGGGGGGCCCGGCAUGGGACUGCCACCAAUGGCCACCAAUGGCCACCAGGGGCCACCAUAUUUAUAAGAAUGACUAUUGCUGUUUUUUGUUUCUUUUUUAGAAAAAGAGAAAAAGAAAGAAAAAA